CACAUCUGUGAGAACCAUCACGUACCUUCUCCAAUAUGAUGUGCAUGCCUGAGCCUGACCAGGCUGUUUGAUAUUGAAGUGGCAACAAUGACCAGAGAUGUGCCUCAUUUUGCAAAUGGGAAAGCUCAUAAGGUUUCUGCUCCUGAUCUCAAGUCUCUUCAUUGUGGUUGCAGCAGAUUGGAGCAUUUUGAACCAGAGGAAGAAGAAAAACAAUGUGGCAGUGGGAACAGAUGUAUUGAAGAGGUACUGUGAGAGUUGGAGGAUCAAUGUGGAGAUCAACAACAUUAGAGGGUUUGAUGUGGUGCCUCAAGAAUGUGUUAGGCACAUAAGGAAAUACAUGACAUCUUCUCAGUACAAAGCUGACUCAGAGAGGGCAUUGGAGGAAGUCACUCUCUACCUGACUAGUAGUUGCUGUUGCACUUUGGAGGGGGAUGGUAAAGAUGCUUGGAUUUUUGAUGUUGAUGAUACACUCAUCUCCACUAUUCCUUAUUUCAAGAAACAUGAUUUUGGGGGAGAGAAGCUGAAUGCAACAUCUUUGGAAAUAUGGAUGAAAGAGAGUAGUGCACCAGCUCUAGGGCACACUCUAAAGCUCUUCCAAGACAUCAAAGACAGAGGGUUUAAGAUCUUUCUCAUAUCUUCAAGAAGGGAGACCCUUAGAUCUCCAAGUGUAGAUAACCUCAUUAAGGUUGGCUACCAUGGAUGGACUAGUCUUGUUGUACUAAGGGGUCUUGAAGAUGAAUUAAUGGAAGUGCAGAAGUACAAGUCUGAGGCAAGACAUCGACUAAUUGAUGAAGGUUACCGUAUUUGGGGCAUUAUCGGAGAUCAGUGGAGCAGUUUUGAGGGACUUUCUGUUGCAAAAAGAACUUUCAAACUACCCAAUUCCAUGUACUACAUCUAGCUUGCAAUUUCAGUCCAUUACUGGAAAAAAUCACAAGGCUAAUGAGCAGAACAUUGCUGUAUUAGGCUAAA